CCUGGUCCUGGGCGGGGCCGGGGCUGCGCAGUCAUGAUCACUGCCAAGGCCUCGGCGGACUCCGCUGUCCCGUCGGUGCCCGGUGCUGCGGUGGCUACCGGUGUCCCGGAGCCCGAGGAGCCAGCGUGGCCCUGGAAAGAUGCCCCGAUCCGGACGCUGGUGCAGCGCAUCCACCAGUUGCAGGCUGAGCGCGCGCAGGCCUUCCGCCGGCUGGAGGAAGGCCACCUCCAGUACCAGCGAAGCGGUCCGCCCUACGACUUCCCGCGCUACCGGAGCACAGUGCACGAGGUGACCCAGGCCUUCGCCGCCGCCUCGCGGGAGGUGCUGGCGGUGGAGGCCGAGCUGGCCGGACCCAGAGGGCAGCCGCUGCUCGCGAGCCAUGUGCGCAGCCUACAACAGCUGGAGCAGACGCGCCUGGCCACGGUGGCUCUGCUGCAGCUGAUGGGGGCACCAGAGCUGUCUGAGCAGGAGAACACUCUGGAGAUGCGCCAGCUGAAGAUGAAGGUAAUUAAAACCAUGGAAGCGAUCAGCGAGGUUCUUCAGGACCUUAGAUUUGAUGCAGAAUCUGUUGAGUGAUGGAGGCUCCCUAGGGACACGCCGAGGGAUAUGGAAAAUGGGGUGAAUGGCACCCAGCCCACCCCUGGACUGUCAGCUGGCUGGGGGUCACACGCCACCGGGUUGCUGACUGCCCUUGAGUUUGCUGUGACUCUCACAAUAAAGGACCUUUCAUUUUCA